CUCUCCCCGCCCAAAGAGGGAAGGCGGGCGGGACUCCCCAACCGGCUUGCCCGGGUCCCCCUGGGCCCCAUGAAUAACCAGGCGCGGACCCCAGCCCCCUCCUCGGCGCGGACUUCAACCUCAGUCCGGGCUUCUACCCCGACCCGGACACCGACUCCACUCCGGACCCCGACUCCGGUCCGUACUCGGACCCCCAUCCGGACCAUGACUCCAGUCCUGACUCCGUCUCCAGCCGGGACUCCCCCUCUGGUCCUGACUCCCGCUCCGGCCCAGAUCCCCACUCUGGUCCCCACUCCCGCUCUGGCCCGGAUCCCCCGUCUGGUUCCGCCUCCAGCUCCAGCCUGGAUCCCUACUCCGGUCCCGACUCCCGUUCCCGUCCGGAACCCAACUCCGGUCCCUACUCCGGCUCGGACCCUGACUACUCCAGUCCGGGUCCCAGCCCCAGCCCCAGCCCCACCCCCAGCCCAGGUCCUGGCAGGGAUUCGGGCCGCGCUCCCCAUCUUGGACUCCUACCUGGCCCCGGCCCUACCUUUGCAUCCGCCCCCGGAACCUGCUCCGGAGCUGCCUUUGUCGCCCGAGGAGGACCCUGAGCCGGCGCCGAGCCUGAAGCUCAUCCCGUCGGUCUCCAGCGAGGCCGGACCCGCCCCGGGGCCCCUUCCCGCGCGCACCCCGCAGGCCGCGAACUCACCCGGGCCCACCCUGGACUUCACCUUCAGGGCAGACCUGUCGGCCACCGGGCUGGCGGAUCCCCCCAUUCCCAGUCCUGUCCCCUCGCCCAUCCUGGGGACCACCCCGUCGGCCGUCUCCUUACAGAAUUCUACGGAAAACUUCGCCUCCUCCAGCGAGAACUUCGCGCUGGACAAAAGGGUCCUGAUUCGAGUGACCUACUGUGGCCUCUGAAGCUAUAGCCUUCGGUACAUUCUACUGAAAAAGAGCCUGGAGCAGCAAUUUCCAAAUCACCUACUCUUUGAGGAGGACAGAGCUGCCCAGGCUACAGGGGAGUUUGAGGUGUUUGUGAACGGGAGACUGGUCCAUUCCAAGAAGGUGAUUCUGAGUAAGAGUCCGGGACAGGGAGGUGGGGUGGCGCUAAGUUCCUGGGGUUGGGAGACCUGUGUGCUUUCUCUCCUCUGUGCCCAGAGGGGUGAUGGCUUUGUGAACGAGUCCACCCUGCAGAAAAUCGUGAGUGUUAUCGAUGAGGAGAUCAAGAAAAGGUAGCCGGCAAGGGGUGGAGCUGGAGGAGUCUCAGCGGGAUGAUGAGAAGGGCUGAAAUGUUGCCAAGUCAGGUCCUUUUCUGAUGGUGGCUGGGGCUGGGGUGAGCUCAGGGAGGGGAAGAGGAGAAUACAUGCAGAGUCUGCCCCCCUGUGUCCAGUCUGACUGUGUCUGCUGUCGCCACACUCACCUCUGAGGUCUGUGGAAGUCACCUGCUGCACUGCUCCCAGCAUCUCUGAUAUUCUGGCCCCAGGGUGGGAGGGAGGGGAGCUUGGAAGGCUAGUCCUGUGGCUCCAGUCCUCUGUCUGGCCUCCACUCCUCUUGCUCCUGAGGGCAGUUUGUUUCUUUUGUGGCUUCCUCGUUUCCCAUGCCCUGGUUCUAGAUACAUUUUGAAAACCUUCCAUCUUACUGGCAUUUUCUGGAGUUGUGAGGGAAACAGGGAUGGCAGUCAGUCUCAAACCCGUGACACUCCAAAUUCGAUUAUGCUCCAGGGCCCACUUUCUAAACCUGUAAGAUCUGUGUUCCAGCCUGCACAACAUAGUGAGACCCCAACUCUACAAAAAAUAAAACAUUAGCCAGGUGUGGUGGUGUGUGCCUGUGGUCCCAGAUAUUUGGGAGGCUGAGGCAGGAGGAUGGCUUGAGCUCAGGAGGCUGCAGUAAGCCAUGAUUAUGCCACUAUAUUGCAGCCUGGGCAACAGAGUGAGACCCUGUUUCAAGAAAAAAAAAUAAAAAAAGGAAAAAAACCCAUAGGUUUUAGAAUGCCAGUGUUGUAGGGAGCGUCUCUGUGACCUGGGGCUGGAGGAGAGGCAUUUUCACAUUCAUUGGACAUUUAUGGGCUCCGUACUCUGCACGUGGCAUGGUGGGGUCAGUGGUCACAUGCCAGGAGGUCAAGGGCACAGGC